UGGGUACAAGAAGAAAAAUAUUUCGAGUUGCGGAGAGAGGUGACCCGCCCGGCGCCUGGUUGGCUCCUGGGUGUCGGUGUCACGGUGACUUGUACCGCUCUCCCCUGACGUCGGGGACUGGAUGCUCUGGAAGGAGUUCACGGCGCCCAAAAAUUUCACACCCCAGACUGCAGUAUAGGGGUCGCCUGGAAGAGACUGUCACGUGGCAGUAUCAAGUUCAAGUGCUCGUGUUAGAUUCCCCUGAGAGGCGGCCCUGAUUCGAAACCCCAGCAGCGUGGGAUCUCGGAAGCCGUGUCCCCCCCCCCCCCCCCCCACCAAUAUAGUCGUAGGGCGCAUCUGGUAAAAUCAGAGGAGGCCUGGCCUCCUGGCAGAGAUGUUUGAGUUUGACCACUAUGACUUCCCUUUGCAGAUGGGAAAACUGAGGCCCAAAGAGGAUUUGCCCAGGGUCCCAAAUCUCCUUACCCCCGUCCACUUCCCUUCUCUCUUAAUCACGGUGACUCUACAUCCGGAAUGAUUGGUAAUAUGUGUCCUGCACGAAGACGUUAGGACAGAAUAUUUAAAUUCAAGACUUCCCCGCUAAUCUGACUUAGUUAUGCCAGUUUGCUAACUCAAUCCUAGGAUAAAAGACAGAAUGCACUGUUGCUCCCUGAAUUCAUGACUUUAACCUCUGAGUAAAGACCAUUCCAGCACUAUCUAGCGACAUACGUUCAGUAAAUAUAUAUUGAGCUCCAACUCAGUUCUAGGAUUUGAGGAGACUAGGAAGCAAGAUAGAAACAGCCCCAGCCUUCCAGGAGCAUAAUAUGAAACAAAAGGUUCAGACAAGUAAACUCACAGUAAAACAAUGCAAAACAAAACACCCCAAGGUGAUAAGGUCAGGCUGCAGAUAGACUGUGGGCCACUGCCAGCUUGAGUUAGGAACGUGAACCAUGUAACUCUUUACUCACUCCUCCCAGAAGGUCAAGAGGAAUAUUCAAGAGACCCUUCCCCACUGACCCAUGCUAUUGGAAGCAACUCAAGAAAGGAGUAGAUGGCUGCAAAACUGAGCGACCUUAGGAGGACACUCACAAAUGAAGGGGGCACUCAGCCCAGGAAAGGCUGCUGGAUGCCUGGGGGAUGGGACGUUUCAAGGGGCUUUAAGAAGAGCAUGAAGCAGCUGGUGAGCUGGAAUAAAGAUGCGGCAUAAGAGAACGGAACAGAAAGGGUAGACAGUGCAGAUAAAACACGAGUCCCAGAGGGCCCUAGCCAGCUGCAUCCCAGGCAAUCAGGAGCCUGGGACUGGAGACCCCACCCCUGCCGUGACAUCACAGGGGAGUGGGGUGGAGACGAACUAAAAGGGGGUCCCCCCUCCCUGGCCUUGGACUCUUGGCAGCCCAGAGUAUCAAGAGCAGAGAGAGCCUGGGCACUGAGCUAGGGUUGCCUGACUUAAAGGAACAGGCUCCCCACCCGUUCCUCAAGCCCCUCCAAGCUGUCCCCUCCAGGCUUUGAUUUCUGUCUCCCUGUCCUGAGGACCCCUCCCUCCUGAAGCCACCAUUGGGUCCCUUCUCAGUGGCCCCUGAGUGCUCUCUCAGCAUGAACUGCGUAUCAGAUUUCUUCACCUACGAGACCACCAAGUCAGUGGUUGUGAAAAGCUGGACCAUUGGGGUCAUCAACCGAGCAGUCCAGCUUUUGAUCAUCUCCUACUUCGUGGGGUGGGUGUUCUUACACGAGAAGGCUUACCAGGUGCGGGACACAGCCAUUGAGUCCUCCGUCGUAACCAAGGUCAAGGGCUUUGGACGCUAUGCCAACAGAGUCAUGGACGUGUCUGAUUAUGUGACCCCACCCCAGGGUACCUCUGUCUUUGUCAUCAUCACCAAGAUGAUAGUUACUGAAAACCAGAUGCAAGGAUUCUGCCCAGAGAGCGAGGAGAAGUACCGCUGUGUAUCAGACAGCCAGUGCGGGCCUGAGCGCUUCCCGAGUGGGGGGAUCCUCACCGGCCGCUGCGUGAACUACAGCUCUGUGCUCCGGACCUGUGAGAUCCAGGGCUGGUGCCCCACCGAGGUGGACACGGUGGAAAUGCCUGUCAUGAUGGAAGCCGAGAACUUCACUAUUUUCAUCAAGAACAGCAUCCGUUUCCCCCUCUUCAACUUUGAGAAGGGAAACCUCCUUCCCAACCUCACAGCCGCCGACAUGAAGACGUGCCGUUUCCACCCUGACAAGGCCCCCUUCUGCCCCAUCUUGCGGGUGGGGGACGUGGUCAAGUUCGCAGGGCAGGAUUUUGCCAAAUUGGCCAGCACGGGCGGAGUCCUCGGCAUUAAGAUCGGCUGGGUGUGUGACCUCGACAGGGCCUGGGACCAGUGCAUCCCCAAAUACUCCUUCACCAGGCUGGACAGCGUUUCCGAGAAGAGCAGCGUCUCCCCAGGCUACAACUUCAGGUUCGCCAAGUACUACAAGCUGGAGAAUGGCAGCGAAUACCGCACACUCCUGAAGGCUUUUGGCAUCCGCUUUGACGUGCUGGUGUACGGGAAUGCUGGCAAGUUCAACAUCAUCCCCACCAUCAUCAGCUCUGUGGCAGCCUUCACCUCUGUGGGAGUGGGGACCGUCCUCUGUGACAUCAUCCUGCUGAACUUCCUCAAGGGGGCCGACCAGUACAAAGCCAAGAAGUUUGAGGAGGUGGACGAGACGACGCUGAAGGUCACCGCCUCGGCCAACACAGUGUACCCCAGCGACCAGACCACCGAGGAGAAGCGGUCCACAGAUUCGGGGGCCUACUCCAUCGGCCACUAGGGCCCCUUCCCGGGGCUCCAUCUGCUCACCCUUGGGCUCCAGGCCUCCCACUAGGGCACCCACCUAGGCAAGGGGGGGAGGCAGAGAGGGGGGGCCUUCGUUUCUACUGUUCACCCCAGGAAGCCACACUGGACCCAGGUGUCUGGGCCUCGAAGCGCUCUGGCAGACAGGUAGCCCCCCCUGCUAAGAUCUCACUCUCCCCUUCACCCCUUGCCUCGCCCCGGUCUGCUUCCCUGGACCCCUAGGGCAGUAGCACCUGAGCUGCCCCCCUUCCCAAGAGUAGAGAGAACAGUGAUAACGAGUGGCCACGAGGCACUGCUAAGUGCCAGCCAGUGUCACGCACAUUAUCUCAUUUAACCCGUAGAAUAAUCCUAUGAGGUAGAUAUUAGUUUCCCUGUUUCGAAGAUAAACUGAGGCUCAGAAAGACUGAGUCAUUUGCCCAAGGCCACACAGCCAGGAAGCAUGAGAGCUGGGAUUUAAACCCACAUCUAACCCCAUCACCCACAACCCCACAAGGGAAGCGUGAACUCCCCGGGGGCAUCUGUCCCCUCCCCGCCCCCCUCCCAAGCUGCUUCAGCCUUCCCCACAGCUACCAGGGUCAGGUUCAGCUUAAUAAAGAGUAAGCCGCAUGCUUUCAACAGGAACUCGGGACCCAUUUUAGGGGAGAUCAGUUAGACAGGGAUGUGGGGGGUCUCUUUCUCUGCCUUGAGUGGAUCCCCAAUUCAGAGGGAAAGAGGAAGCAUGACUGUCAACGAAGUUUUCCAUUGUUCCGUCCCCAACCAGGAGAGGACCAUUCUCUUCUCUCUCUGGGACCCCCACAUACUCACGCACAUCGGGCCCCCUCACUCCAGGAGUGGAACUAGCCCCCCACUCCCUUAGGCUGGGGUGUGAUUCCCAGACCCCGGGGCCCUUUUCUAGCUGGGUGGUGCUUCUUUGCAACACCAGUGAACAGGCUCCAGUGAGGCCCAGUGCCCCGUGAGCUGCUGGCCAGCCAGGCUACCCCCCACAUGGCCCUAAUCAGUGGUCAGUCUUCUACUGCUAGAAACCCUCUCAUCCCACUCUCCCGUGUACAGAUGAGCCAACUGAGGCCAGAGAGGGGAAAUGACUUGUGUCACACAGUCAGUGACCAAGGGAGAACCCAGCUGUCCGGGCGCUGAGGGAAGGAAACAAGAGCAAGGAGCCAGAGAGGUCACUGGAGAAGCAUCUGGUCCCCCCACACCUCCAUCAGCCUGACACCCCCUCCCCCACUCUGGGCUCGCCUCCCGUGAGACGCCUGGGCAUCUCCCCAGGGCAGAGUUCCGGAGCAGAUUUAGGUCUUAAGGAAGCCUGAAGGAUAUACAACUUGGGGUAUCUUUUUAAAAUAAUACUAAAUUAAGUAACAGAAGGGGCUCCUGCCAGAGGGAGGCCCCAAAGUAAUCAGUUUCAUUACCUCCCAGUAAAACCACGUCUGGAAAAACUG